CGCUCUACAGCCGAAUGCAAAAAUAUUAUUUGAAAACUAUGCGGAACAUGUCAACCACAACUGCCUACAGAAUACCUCUCCUCUCUAAAACACACCUUCUUCACAGAUGAAGAUAAAACGGCGCUUUGCCCAGCUCAAACACCGUUUCUCAUCUUUUUUUCUGACAGCAAACUUCACAGUGCGUUCGCAUCGAGGCACGUUAUCUCUGCUCUAAAGUUAACGAGGAACUUGCCUCCUCUGGGUAAAACCGAAACACAGCGUAGCGGUGGAACUCAGCACGUAGUCACUCGGUUUACCUUUGUCGACAAUAACCCUUAGGGGUUUGGAGGGGGCACAUAAAUUAUUGUUUCUGUUGCUGCCAUUUUCUUUUUCAACUGACUGUCUGAGAAGUGAUAGGUAUGACCGAGACGAACGAAACCCCCGCUCCUACUUUGAAGGAGAUUCGUCAGAAGCCCGGUAACAGCGCCUGCGCAGACUGCGGGGGAGCUGAUCCGGAUUGGGUGUCCUGCUCUCUGGGAGUGUUCAUCUGUUUGACCUGUUCUGGAGUCCACCGGGACCUUCUGGAACUGGGGAAGGUCAAGUCCAUAGUGCUCUCCAGCUGGGAUGCCUCUGAGGUGCAGUUCCUAGCAGACAAUGGGAAUGAGGCAGCAAAGGCCAAAUAUGAAGCUGUAGUUCCUGCAUACUACUACAAACCCACACGCACAGACUGCCAGGUGCUGAAAGAACAGUGGAUCAGGGCCAAGUAUGAAAGGAAGGAGUUCACAAAGCCCAAAAAGGAGCUGCCUUAUGAGGAGAGGACGAGAGAGGGCUUUCUCAUGAAGAUGGGACGGGGCAAAGGCGAGUUUCUCAGCAGGAAGUUCGUCCUCUCGGAGCCGGAGGGAACGCUGAAAUACUACGCCAAGCCCGACGCCAAGGAGCCCAAAGCGGUGAUCAAGGUGGACACCCUCAACGCCUCCUUCCAGCCGGAGAAGAUCGGCAAACCUAACGGGCUGCAGAUCAGCUACCUGAAGGACUGCUGCACCAGGAACAUCUUUGUCUACCACGAGGAUGGAAAGGAGAUCGUGGACUGGUUCAACGCCAUCAGAGCUGUGCAGCUUCACUACCUGAAAGUAGCUUUCCCAGGGGCCAGCGAAGAAGAGCUGAAGCCCAAACUGACCAGGAACUUCGUGAAAGAGGGAUACGUGGAGAAGACAGGCCCGAAGCAAAAGGAAGGUUUCAAGAAGCGCUGGCUCACCUUGGACCAGCGGCGCCUGAGGUACUUCAAAGAUCCUCUGGAUGCGUUUGCUAAGGGUGAAGUGUACCUGGGCCACAGGGACCAGGGCUACUCGGCUGCACCUGGCCUGCCCACCGGCAUCAACUCCAACGGAGCCUGGGACCACGGCAUCACCGUAGUAACGCCAACACGCAACUUCCUGUUCACUUGUGAGUCAGAGAGCGAGCAGCAAGACUGGCUCGGCCACUUCAACAACAUCAUCAACACCCCGAUGACCCCGCAAGAGUACUCCAUGGAGGCCUCCCUCAACCGCAGACGCUGAGAGACAGAAGCACUGGGACACCCCCCCCCCA